AUGUCGUUUCAAGACGAGCAGAUGAGCACCGGCUCGAGUCCCUCGUUGGUCCCAUCCGAUUGCUCUUCACCAGACCUACCAACUUCAUCCAGCCAGUCCUCCCUCGAAAGCCUUUCAGAGACCAAUCUAUUCGCACUUGAGGAUGCCGUGCACAACGAUGGCUAUAUCUUGGUUGUCGGGGGCCUAGGCUACAUUGGAUCUCAUACUUGCCUGGAAUUGCUGAAUGAUGGCCAUAAUGUCAUCGUCGUCGACAGUCUUAGCAACUCGUUCGAGUCCACUCUCGUCAGCAUCCGGGCAUUGGCUACGAAGCACUGGGCAGCUCAAGGACGUCGAAGUCCCAUCAUCGUCCUGUACAAGAUCGACUACCGCAGCGCCUCCAUGAGAGCUGUUCUCGGAAGGUACGUCCUCGAGAACGACAGCAAUCAGCUGAGCUCGAUCAGAGGUGUGAUCCAUUUCGCCGCCUACAAAUCAGUUGAAGAGAGCACUAUUCGGCCGCUGGAUUACUAUCUCAACAAUGUAGCUGGUCUCAUCGAUUUUCUGGGCCUCCUCGAAGUUUUCGGCAUCUUUAGCUUCGUCUUCUCGUCGUCCGCGACUGUCUACGGCUCAACCAUGAAUCGAGGCGCUCCUCUGCACGAAGAGCACUUGGUCCACCACGAGACGAAGGUUGAAGGUGGCAGUGAUGAAACGACACACUUAGUCCCGGGCAUUACCGGGCUGACCUCUCCCUACGGCCGCACAAAGUACUUUUGCGAAGCCAUACUUGCCGACGUGGCUCAUGCCAACCCAGCCUGGCGCAUGACUGCCCUUCGCUAUUUCAAUCCUGUCGGGUGUGAGCCUAGUGGUAUGCUUGGUGAGAGCCCACGACAAACACCGACGAACCUCUUCCCUGUUAUAGCACAGGUACUUACUGGCAAGCGAGAAGUGUUGAGUGUCUUCGGCACGGACUGGUCCAGUGGGGAUGGGACUGCUACAAGGGAUUUUAUCCACGUUGUUGACCUUGCUCGGGGCCACCUUGCGGCGCUUGGCACCGCGAUGUCCCGACCCGACCAUCACGCCUUCCGCGCAUACAAUCUUGGUACCGGCACAGGCUCAACCGUAGCGCAGGUGGUUUCUUGCCUGGAGGCGGCAUCGUCACAGUGCAUUCCCGUCAAGCAUGUGGGUCGCAGGACAGGCGAUGUAGGCUAUUGCGUAGCGGUAACCGCACGAGCUUCAACAGAGCUUGGGUGGCGGACACAGCACUCGCUCGCCGACUGCGCUCGUGAUACUUGGCAUUGUUUGCAGAUGUCCCAAGAGUCAGCUUAG